AUUGACCGUCACAUGUCUGUAGUGUCCUUUCUGCAAGACCAAAUUUGGAAUUCAGACCAUGACCGAAGAGGCCUUUGAUGUGAUGGUGGUCGGCUCCUGUAUGACUGACUUGGUGAGUCAGGCACCAAGGCUACCCAAAGCAGGGGAAACCAUCCAUGGUCACAAGUUCUUCAUUGGCUUUGGAGGAAAAGGGGCCAACCAGUGCAUACAGGCUGCCAGACUGGGGGUAAAAACCGCUAUGGUCUGCAAGGUUGGUAAAGACUUCUUUGGAGACAAUUACAUCCAGAAUUUCAAGGACAAUGGUGUACACACAGACUUUGUAGGUCAGACCUCUGACGCAGCCACUGGAGCUGCCUCCAUCAUUGUCAAUGAUGCAGGUGAGAAUGCCAUUGUGAUCGUGGCCGGUGCCAACAUGCUGCUGGGCAGUGAGGAGCUGCAGAAUGCUCUACCAGCCAUUAGUCAUGCAAAAGUGCUCGUGUGCCAGCUGGAGAUCAGUCCGCAGACAUCCUUGCAAGCACUACGCAUGGCACAGGAGAACAAAGUAAAGACAAUAUUCAACCCAGCGCCGGCCAUUCCUGACUUGGAUCCAGAUUUCUACAGAGUCUCUGAUGUGUUUUGCUGUAAUGAGUCUGAGGCUGAGCUGCUGACUGGUUCCUCUGUAGCUCAUGUGGAGGAAGCCCAUCGGGCCGCUCAAGAGCUGCUGAAGAGAGGCUGUGGGUCAGUCAUCAUCACUUUGGGACCUCAAGGCUGUGUGGUGCUCAAGGCACAGGAGUCUGUCCCGAAACAUGUUGCAACUGCUGCAGUCACAGCAGUGGACACCACGGGUGCUGGAGACAGCUUUAUUGGAGCGCUGGCAUUUUACAUGGCUCAUUAUCCUACGAUGCCUCUGGAGGAGAUGGCCCGCAGAGCCAAUCAGGUGGCAGCAGUGAGCGUGCAGGCUGUGGGCACACAGACGUCUUACCCCUUCAGAAAGGACCUACCAGCUGAACUCUUCUGAGAUCGGUUUAAAGUUGUGAAAUGGGUCUUAUUGAAUGCUAACUGUCUUAUGAAAUCAGCUGCUUUUGAGAAAUCAGAGAAAGACCAAUGUUAUACUAGUUGUUAAUGAUGUAACAAAUAUUAUUUUAACAUGAAGUUGAACACGAUAACAACUU